UCGCCGGGCAUAUCCACACGCGAAGAACACGUCGCGAUGGCCUCGGCAAGUGACAAGGGCGGUCAAACCGUCGAUCUUGCGACCCUGUCCGCCCCACAACUCAGCCAGCUGAAGAAGCAACUCGACUCCGAGCUCGAGCAUCUGACCUCUUCUUUCCAAUCUCUCCGUAGCGCACAGGCACGCUUCCGCGACUGCCUCAAGUCCAUCUCUGGAGGCCUUGCGUCCGGCUCUACUGAGAAGCCCAUCCUCGUCCCUCUUACCUCCUCCCUCUACGUCUCCGGCACGCUUGCCGAUGUCAAGUCCGUCCUUGUCGAUGUCGGCACCGGUUUCUAUGUCGAGAAGUCGCUUGAUGAUGCCACGGAUUUCUAUAAUCGCAAGGUCAAGGACCUUGAGAAGAACUUGAAGGAUCUAGAGGCCAUUGUCACCGGCAAGAGUAAUAACUUGCGUGUCAUUGAGGACGUGUUGAGGCAGAAGGUGCUUGCGGCACAGGCCGCUCAAAGCCAGGCGGCUGCCGCUACUUCUUGAGCGGUCGAUAGCGCUGUCCUGGCCCCCCAAUCGCCGGUGAACUGCACUGCGGCGUUGCAUAAAUCUAAGCUUUCUUGAGGUAUCAAGCCAGCCAGGGUGUUCAUUCGCGCAAGACACUGGCAACAAGCAGGGUCAUCUUACUACCCACAAGGCUAAGAUUUAAUCUUUGGCAUGAAAGACGGAGUCAGUUUAUCUAGCGCCAUUCGAGAUGCUUCGAGGGUUUGGUUCUUUCCGAGGCCAUUUAAGCAAGAAAGAGGCGCAACUAAAAUAAAAAGUGCAAUACUAGCUCAUUUCCAGUAGAUAUAAAAAGAAGCAUUAGACCC